AUGAAACUGAAUGUACAGCGUCCUGGAGACGCCACUGUCGGAAAGGCGAAGUCUCGAUCAAAACGUCCCAGUACUAAAGUGAAAUCGUCAGGCAAUGCCAAAGGUCCUAUUAGAAAAUCCAGUAGACUAGCGGCCCUAACACCUAGUACUACGAAUUCCAACGCUGGUAGUUCGAGGUCUGGUCUUAAGAAAGGUAAGGAAAAUGUCUCCAAAUCAUCAACCAUCAAAUCGGCACUUAAAUCUAGUGGGAAGCCUUCGGCCACGCCUACUGUAACUAUGAGUACACCACCUUCCAAGGAUUCCAAAACAGCGACACCAAAAACCAUUAAAACCACUAAGAAACAAUCGACAGGUAAAAAUGACACUAAUACUAAAGGUGGCCCGAACGUUGAAUCGACGAAGUCGAACAAAAGUUCGACUAGUGUGAAGGUAGAGAAAUCACAGAAAGUUAUAAAGCAGAAAACCACAAAGGGCAAGACAACCGGUAAGAAGGACACUAGAGUCAAAACUACAGCAUGCGAAAUAACCAAGGGUAGAGUUACGAGGUCGUCCACAGCAAACAAAACCGAUAUGGAUCACGAUGCAUCCAGCAAUGAUUCACUUCGCGUGGUCUCCAUUAGUAGCCAAGGCAAACCGAGCAAGAAGCUUUCCCCUAAGAUUAAGACAGCGAAGAACGCCACCAAGGGUAAAGGUAGGAUAGCAGAGUGGUCAAAAUUAUCUAAAGGCAAAAGUGCAAAGGACGGCUCUGCGAAGCGCCAAGUAAAAAAGGAACUACCCAAAUCUAAAGAAGAAGAACGGAAGGACGUCAACAAAUUAUAUAGUAGGUUACUAGUAGAACACCGUAAGCAGGAUGUCGUCAAAAUCACAAUAGCAGAGUUGCUACGUAGGAUCGGCAGCGAUAACUAUUCGGUGGCGUCUAAUAAAAGACAUAUAUCACGUAUACUUCAAGCAUGCCUUAAAUACGGUGACAAAGCUGUAAGGGCGGCCAUAUUCGACUCUGUCAAGAAAGAGUUUACAGUGGCUGAUCUUAAUGUACACAGUGCGAGAUUUUUAAUAAAGGUAUUCCAUUACUGCAAUGCUGAAGCCAAGGAUUUUUUACGUAAAUCGUUCUUUAACGAUCGUAAUAAAGCGCUUCUUUAUUCACGUUAUGGCUCUCUAGUCAUGGAUACCAUGUACCAGAAGCUGAAGAACAAGGAGCAACUGUCGAUCCUUAGGCUUUAUACACUCUCGAACCACUUCAUUCUUGACGAGUCGGCAAUGAAGGAUAUUCAAUCAGCGGGGACCCUGCAACAAUUUAUUACGGCCAUUGACAAAAGCAAGUCACGUGACUCCUGUGUGGAGAAGCUUCGUCUAGAUUUGUUGAAAAUGGUGGAUAAAGCACAACUUACAGCAUCACUAGCGCAUGACCUGAUCUACAUUUAUUGGAAACUUACCUAUAACAAGACCGAGCUGAUAUCGUUAUUAUAUAAAGUAUUUGGGCAGAUGUUAUCUACGAGAAAUGGUAACACUGUACUCUGUGAUCUUUUUGGUUACGCUGACAAGAAGAUGCGUAAGUCUAUACUAAAAGGUCUCAAGACCGAUUUCCCUGAAGCUGUGUACAACCAGCUGAACGUUACAUUCCUCAUUAAAGCUGUAUUAUCCACCGAUGAUACCAAGAUGUCAAUCGACUGUCUGAUAAAACCACUGCAGGAUGAACUUGCAAAGCUGAUAUCGCAUCCUUAUGGCCACCAGUUUAUACAUGCUAUACUUGAGCCUUGUAAAGAGGUGGACUCCGUGACUAGCCUAAAGGAUACGGCAACACGUCAAAAUGAGCUGCAGGAGUAUCUGAUACCUCGUUUAGUUGAACUUUUUAAAUCAAUCCAACUACGGGAGGUGAUAGAGAACAAAUUUGCACGUCGGAUCAUCCUGUCAACGUUACGAUUAUGCGGGGAUAGCGAGGUAUUUUCAUCGGUGGUUGAUGUCGUGAGAGAAGAUGUUGAGGAGGAGAUGUCGUUAUUUAACAACUUAGAAACACUACAAUUUAUUCAAACAUUAAUCAAAAAACCAGGAGAGAAUUUGGCUAAACAUCGCCCCUAUGCCGAAUUUUGGCCUAUAGUGAAAAAUAGGAUUAAUCGCAUAUUAUCCAGUAAAUGUGUAUUUAUUUUGGUAUGCAUUUUGGAGGCGGCUAUUAGGCAGGGUGAUGAGGAGGUCAUUUCUGAUUUUAAAGAGAUCGUCACAGUAGAUAUGAUCCGUGAUACAUGUCGUGCCCUUAACAAAAAGAGGGAGAAACACGUCGGUUUGGAUAUUUUACUGAAGCUACUAUCUUGA